UCAGGCUCUUAGAGUAUAUUAGGUAUACCUACUUUAGAAUCUGUUUGUCAAUCAGUUCAACGAAAUAAAGAGGAGAAAGAGAUAAGAAGUUUCCAAAACAAAUAAAACUAUAAAAAAAUAUUCUUCCUUCUGUCCCGCGGUUUUAAUUGUGUGGUUAUUUACUACUACUAUGUAUGGAUACAGAUCGAUUGAAGAGAUGAAAUGCAAAGAAUAACAGUGUGUUGUUAAGUAACAUUGUAAAUUUUAUUGGUAAUAGAUAAACAUUCAAGACGGCGGAGACGGAGGGGCGCGAGGUCCCGCAGACUAUGUGGGACUCCUCAACGUUUCUGGGCGCUCUGACGCCGAAGUUCUACGUGGCUCUGACCGGCACAUCAUCUUUGAUCUCGGGAUUGAUCCUGAUCUUCGAGUGGUGGUAUUUCCGGAAGUAUGGCACGUCGUUUAUUGAGCAAGUGUCGCUCACCCAUCUGGGGCCUUGGCUGGGUGGCGGUGGCGCGGCGGAGCCCGAGCCGCCCGGCGAGUGCAAGGUGUGGCGCAAUCCCAUGGCGCUCCUGCGCGGCGCGGAGUACGGCCGGCUGUGGACAGUGGCGCGCCGCGCGCCGCUCACCUACUACGACAUGAACCUGUCUGCACAGGAGCAUCAAGCUUGGUUUUCAUGCGGCGCCGAGGGCCCGGCGGAGGAGGCGAUGGCGCGCGCGUGGCGCGAGCGCGAGCCCGGCGCGCGCGUGGCGGCGGCGCGCGCGGCGCUGGCGGCGCGGCCCGAUUGCGCGGCCGCGCUGCUGCUGCUGGCCGAGGAGGACGCGCCCACCGUGCUCGAGGCGGAGCGCAUCCUGAAGCGCGCGUGGCGCUGCGCCGAGACGGCGUGGCGCGCGUCGUCGCUGGCGCACGGCGCGGGCUCGGAGGCGGCGCGGCGCGACGCGGCGCUGCUGCUGCACGUGAAGCGGCGCUGCGGCGUGGCGGCGCGGCGCCUGGGCCGCCUGCGCGACGCCGCGCGCCUGUUCCGCGAGCUGGCGCGCGACGCGGCCGGCGCCGCGCCCGCCGCGCAGGCGCACGAGAACCUCAUCGAGGUGCUGCUCGAGCAGCGCGCCUAUGCGGACGUGCAGGCGGUGCUAGCGCGCCACGCGGACGCGUGCCUGCCGGUGUCGGCGUGCGUGCUGUACACGAGCGCGCUGCUGCGAGCCCGCGCCGCGCUCGCCGCGCCGCCCGCCGCCGCGCGCGCCGCCGAGCUCGCCGCCGCCGAGGCCGUGCGGCGCGCGGUGGAGUACAACCCGUUCGCGGCGGAGUACCUGCUGGAGCUGCGGCCGCUGUGCCUGCCGCCCGAGCACGUGCUGCGGCGCGGCGACAGCGAGGCGCUCGCCUACGCCUUCUUCCAUCUGCGGCACUGGACCAACGCGGAGGGCGCGCUGGCGCUGCUGGCGGCGGGCGCGCGGCGGGCGGGCGCGCGCGCCGCCGCCGACGCCGAGCUGCUGCCGCCGCACCACUGCCGCCCGCUCGCCGGCGGCGCGCCGGCGCUGCUGCCGCUGGCGGCGGGCGCGUGCGUGGUGUCGUGCGGCGCGGCGCUGGCGGCGCACCGCUGGCCGCCGCAGCUCGACCUGCGGCGCCUGCUGGCCGCGCUCUGACUGCCUGCUGUCUGAUGCCGCGUGACCCUUCUUGUCACUUGAUUACAGCAGAACGGAUAUUUCUGUCCUACUUAAGAAAUUCAGUAGCAAAUAAAUAAAUACUUCCGGUAUUUUAAGACUUUUUCAUUGAUAGAAACCAAUUCAUGUUGAUAUCUAGUCCGAAAUCUUUCUGUUUUAUCAAUUUAAUGUAUUCUUAUUUUAUGUGAAAUAUCUAAAAUAUUCUUCACUUUUGAAAGAAUUCUGUGAAUCAAAAUACAUUUUCCUAGUCUUUGUUUUCGAUCUGAAAUAAUGUUUAUACUAACGUAAUACUUAAAUUAUCUUAUUAAAUUGUGAACUUCUUAAGUGCUAUGAUAAAUGACUCUAUGGAUGAGCAUUUUCUAAAUACCUAUCUCUAAUUCCAAUAAGUAUUUUAAGGUAUAAAAUCUUUUUUCCGAAAAACUAGUUGUCUUUUGUUAUCAUGAGUGAUUGUUUUAGAAAUAGUAGUCGUGCAUCAAAUAUGUAUGUAGUAUGUACGUAACUACCAGUCUAAGUAGGCAUACAAGUAUUUUAUCAGCUUGCUUGACAUUUUAAAUAAAUUAAUUAAACAUUCAA